AUGCAAAUGUCACUCGGGUUCUGUUUAAAAAAAAAACAUUUUCCAGUUGUCACUUGUGCUCAGGCAAAGAAUUUGAUUGACGCCGGCGCUGAUGGACUUCGUGUUGGUAUGGGCAGUGGAUCGAUUUGUAUCACACAAGAAGUGACUGCAGUUGGUCGUUCGCAAGCGAAAGCGGUGUACAAAGCAAAUACUACUCUACGAGUUGUGCUGUUCCCGUGGUGCUGUCAAGUUGCAUUGGGCUUACUGAAAGUCUGA